ACAAUCCUAGCGAUCGCAUUGGAUGUGGUAUCAGUUGGUGUUUCACCCCGCUCUGUAGCUAGGGUAGCAUUCAGGAUUCCCCAGAAUGUUUGUAUUCGACUGGUUUUGGUCAGUUCUGAGUGCGCUGGGACUAUACCAGAAAAAUGCAAAAAUCGUGUUUCUAGGACUAGACGACGCGGGCAAGACAACGCUAUUGCACAUGCUUCGUGACAAUCACUUGUCAGUACACUUUCCCACGCAAAAGCCCACAAUGGAAGAACUGACAAUAGGAUCUAUCAAAUUCAGAGCCUAUGAUAUGGGCGGGCACCUCCAAGCUCGAAAAAUUUGGAAAGAGUAUUUCCUGGAAGUCAAUGCGGUCGUCUUUCUGGUAGAUACCAGCAAUCCUGCGAGGUUUCCGGAGUGCAAGAAGGAGCUGGACAGUCUCCUAGAGGCCGAGGAGUUGAGAAAGGUUCCAUUUGCCAUUUUGGGGAACAAAAUCGACAACUUGAAUUCGGUCACGGAAGAGGAACUUCGGCGCGCGCUCGGCCUGAUGCAGACAUACAAUCAGGCGACCUACGCGAGACCGAUAGAGGUGUUCAUGUGUUCGGUGGUCAAGAGAAUUGGGUACAAAGAAGCGUUCAAUUGGUUAUCACAGCUUAUUUGACAAAUGGGGAUGCGGACUGGCAAAGUAAAAAGUGUGUAGCGUUCAGAAAAGGA